AUCCUAGUCCUUUGGUCUUCUUCUUCUUCUCCCACCCCUCUCUGCUUGGCUUGCGCGAGUUGGGGAUCCAAAUGGAAGACACAAUCUCAGAAGCAAUGAGACCCCCCCUCCCUCCAGGAUUCAGAUUCCAUGCUACUGAUGAGGAGCUCCUGAUUCUCUACUUGAAGCCCAAGAUUCUCGGACAACCCGACGAGCCCUACUACGACAUCAUCCCGGAGAUCGACGUAUGCAAGUUCGAACCUUGGGAGUUGCCCAACGUUGUUGGUCACAUGUUCAACAGUAAGGAACUGUUUCUCUAUUGCUGCGUGAAGCGCAAGUACUUGAAAAGCAAGCGGCCCGACCGGACGACAGCAGCUGGCUACUGGAAAGUGACCGGCAAGGAACGCCGCGUCAUGAGCGAGGACACCAACGAGCAGAUAGGAAUCAAGAAGACGCUGGUGUUCUACACUGGCCGCGUGCCUAAAGGCGAAAGGACCAACUGGGUCAUGCACGAGUAUCACCUAAAUUCCAAGUGUUUGGGCGAUAAUCACGGCGAAGGCGAGAUGCUGCCUUAUGUGGCAUGUCGGAUCAAGAACAAGAAAGACAGGAAACUGAAGACGGGUCAUGCUCCAACAAUCAGCCCUGAAGGCGAUUCAAGCAGCCCUUACACAUGCACCAGCGAAGUGUCAGACCCCCCUGUGAAUCAAGAAGUGGACUAUCCCAGCUUCUGCAACACCCCCAACAACAACAAUGAAGUUGCUGAUAACCAAGAAGCUCUUGAUGCUCAACUUGAGAUGUCACCGGGAGGGUUAAUGGACUCGCUAUCUCCAUUUUGGGCACUGGAUGACGAUCUAUUAUACUACGCCAACACUCCAACCUAUCAGUCACAGGCAGGAGCCGAGGAAGAAUGGUUGUCCUUCCUAGAUUUCUCAGAAAACAACAAUGGGGAAUGAGUUUGACUAUGGAUAUAUGCCAUCCCCAAACAGCAAUUUUGGGUUGGGGUUGGGGCAAUGUCUGAAGACUUCUCUGCUAUGCUAUGACAGUUUGACGGUGAUUGAUCAUGAUCUGGAAGGAGUGUGCGUGGUUGUGUGGGUUUUUACUUGUGAUGUAUUUAGUAUUGCUGAGUGUGGCUUUUGGAGUGAAGGGAAACAUGUGUAGUUUCAUAAUUUGUGCUUUUCCUUGUAUUUCAGGUUGUGUUUUCUGUUAAUUAAGAUGCAGUACUUCAAUAAAUAGUGUUAUGUUCUUCAGGG